UAUAUUAUAUAGAUCUAGGCCAGGGCUGGCGAACCUUUUUCAGUCCGAGUGCCAAUUAAUUUCAAUUUAAAAACAAUGAAGAUUGUUGUGUGCCCAGUAGGUCUACUAGUGAAGCAUUAAAAUCCUUCUUUACUUGUUCUUGAAUAUUAACGUGCAAUUUCAUAACUCUCGCUUUAACCGUGUUUCGGCUUAUUGGCAAAUCCUUUAUUCUCUGAAUGACUUUAUCCUUGUUUUGAAAGUCUUCAAACAAAUAAGACGCACAUUCUAACAUUGCUUCCUUGAUAUAAUCACUGUCACUUAAAGGUUUUCCAUGCUUAGCUAUAAUUUUUGAAACUUCAAAACUUGCAGCCACUAAGUUAGAAGAACUUUUAACAAAGUUUACAAAAGAACUGGAUUGUGAAAUCGCUUUUUUUAACUCACACGAUAUAUGUUCUUUUUGCUCAUCCUCGCUUUUGCCUCAAAGCCAGCUGUGAUUGGACUCAUAAUGACGUUUUACUGAUGAUGUCCGACACUUUCCAAACACAUGGCACAUAAGGCCUCUUGUUUUCUCUGUGAAUCAUUCCAUAUUUUCAGUCCACCACUCUUGAAAAGGUCUGCCACUUCCUUCUUCUUCAUUAAGUUUUAUUUUUUUUUACUUUGGAGAAUGACUUGUUAUGGUAAUUAUUGGUAAGACCGACACGUUUUCAGUAUCAACAAAAUGAUUGAAGCUAAGGAGAUCUCGUUCAAAUACGAGAUUUGUCUUGAAAAAAAUUUACUAUGCCCUAUGCUCCCCAAAUGAAACACAGUCAUAUGGAAAAAUUAUAUGGAAUAUGAUCCACUAGCGCUUCUUCCAUAUUAUUUACAGUUCUCGGAAAUAAUUAAACGUUAUUAAUUAUGGUAAUUUGAGAUAUCUGUGAUUUUUAAAAAAAAAAACACAUUUCUUAAUAUCAUCGUCGUCGCAUGCCACACAAAAUCGUUUCGCGUGUCACCUUGGGCACGCGUGUCAUAGGUUCGCCAGCCCUGAUCUAGGCUAUAUAUAAUAUUAAUAUACUUUAUACUGACUAGUAUAUAUAGAUCUAGACUGAGUAUAUAAUCAUAGUCUAUAAUAUAAUUAUAUAAUACAGUGAAAUGAGUGAAUUAUAGUCUACUCUAAGACAGUUGAAUCAAGUUUGCUUUUGUAUCAUCAUUUGUUAUGAUUAUCUUCUCAAUGUAUAAAAAGUUGUCUUAACUUUGAUGGAAAAGAACAAGAAGCAGAUUAACAAAUGCAAGCCACAACUUUUUGUCUUUGAUGUCAAGUCAGCUGGUGCUAUUCAAAAUUAUAACAUGGACUGUGCAAGCACACCAUGUAUAUAAAAAAAAAGAAAGCUGAGUUGAGUAACAUACCAGAAAAUGAAUGCCCCAAACUGGGAGAAAUUAAGAAAAAAUUGGGGACAGUUAAUGGAGCUGCAUCCUGAGUAUAUUUUGCCUAAAUUAUUUGAGAAAGAGGUCUUGACUCAGAAUGAUAUAGAAAACAUCAAAAGUUACACAUCACGUGAAGGCCAAAUGAAAUCUUUAUUGAUGACAUUGAAAUCAAUGCCUGCAUAUGUCAACGCUUUUGGGGAAUUCCUGACAGUGCUAAAAACAGAUCAUCUCUGGUUGGUAGAUAUGAUUACAGAAACUUCAACUUCUUCAGAUGCCUCCAUAUCAGCUGCUGUAAAUCCUGAUAUCCUUGACGAAGAAGCAAAAAGUGUUUUACAGACAUACUUUCAUAGCCAGAAAAGAAGUCAAACUUUGUUGCUAGACAUUAGAAACUGUCUUAAACAGAAUCAUGUUUUCAAGGAUUAUUGUCAGUGGAAUAACAGAAAAUUAAUACACUUCAUAGAGGAAGAAUUUGCUGGAGUGUCUUAUGAUAAACAUAAGAGAAUGUUCAUGAACUUAGAAAAAAAUAAUUUAGAUGAGCUUAUAUCUAAAAGUUCUUGUUCCAUUGGCAAUGGACACUUGUCAGUUGGAGAUAAUAAUAAAGAAAAAAAAGCUUGUGUUAAAAUAAAUGGACCAGUACAAAAUGAGCAUGUACAAACUGGCAAUUCCAAAAGUAAAAGCAAACUGUCAAGAUUGUAUUCUGAUCCCAGCUCUCGAAGCAACAAAAACUCAAUUUCAGUUAAUCGUCAGCACUCCUGGCCAACCAAACUACCACCCACAAACACCUCAACUUUCAAAAAGAGAAGAAAAAGCAAAAAUUCACAGAACAAAUUUAAAGUAAAUUCUGACUCCAAAAUCCCUUCAACUGAAUUGCUUCCCUUUGGGAGCUCAACAAAUUUAUCACUGACUUAUAUACAAGGUCAGCGUUUAAAGCUGAUCUGCAAUAAAACCUGUAAAUUAACUCCUGUGAAAAAUUUCCACAUGGUGCCUAAAAAUGUUGAGAUUUCUCAGGUUUACUUAUACAUUGCAUUGGAAAUAAUAAAGUUUGCAUCUGCAUGUCUCAAUGACUGUCAAAACGGAACAGUUUACUUUGGUGUUGACACUGAUAGAAAAGACCAUGACACACUGGCUGAGAUAGUAGGUGUUCAGGUAUCAAAAAAUGAUCUUGUCAAAACAAUAGACUUUUUUAAGCACCAUGCAUUUGCUGCCAAAGUUAGAGAGGCAGUUAUAGAAGCUCUUCAUGAGCCACGUCUUGUGCCAGUAGAUAACAGAGAGGGUCAGCGAACAGGACUCUUUGUCAUAGAAGUUGAUGUGGCUCCUCAUUCUGCUGUUGUUGGUGAUUCCAUUUUCCGAAUCAAAUCAUUCCCUCAGAACACCAGAAAACAAAUAGCCAGUUUGUACACUUUCAAUAAGUUUGGCCUCCCAGAACCAAUUCAACUUCACAAGUUCAGGAAGCUUCAUUCAUCUCACACAGAAGCUAGACAGAGAGAAGAAAAAGAAAUGAUUUCAUCAUCUUCAGCAUUAUCAAUGAAAUGUUGGAUCAGACGUAUCUUAAUUCUUUUAAUGGUUAUUUCUUUGUUGUUGUCUUUGCCAUUUGUUUCCUUUAUAUUCUAUGGCACUUUAACUUUUGAAAACCUACUAGAACCAUCUAAAAAUCCACUUCACAAUCUGUGCUCACAUCUUUCCAAUAUUAAUAAGGAAAAGUUAUGGACAACUUAUGUGCCAUAAAUAUGUCUUUUCAGAAUAGCCUUUUUUUGUAUCCAAAUUUAAAAUAAAUUUAGGGAUUCAAAUCUUAACCUGUGGACAAACACAUGAAUAAAACUGGAUCAAUGGAAUUUUAAAUCCAGAAUUAUAAAGUAAUUUAAAAUAGCUUGUACUAAAUAACAAAUUAUAAAAUGGCAUUUGUUUGUCCUAUGAUAAAGAAUAUUAUAAUUUAAAGUGAUAAUAUGAAUAUGUCUUCUCCAACAAGAUUAUGAGCAUGAAAUAGGUAGUCCUUUUAUUAAUGAAAAGAUUCAAACUUUGUUUAUGAUUUACAGCUUAUGGAGAAAUAAUACAUAGGCAAAAUGUACUUAAAACCAUUGUGAUAUGAUUGUACUAUACAUUGCUGCUUAUAAUGGCAGCUUAUUAUAUAUCUAAAUGAAGGCAAUACUGAUGAUCUUUCAAUUUAUAAAAUGCUGAUAACGCCUUAUUUUUAAAUAUGUACAGAUUUAGUUUCAUAAAUGUAUUAUAUAUUUUAUUGUAAUCAAUUUUUAAAAAUGUUUUAAAAUUUUGAAGCCUCAACAAAAAAAAAUGCAUUGGUACAUAUAUAUAAAUAUAUAUUUUUUGAUCAUAUUGUUGUUUAAAUUUUUUUUUUUUUUUGCCUUUGUAAUCGUAAAGUAACUUUUAAAGAUAAUAAACUAUGCAUAAUUAUUUUUUUUUAAUAUUUACAGAUAAUUUACAAAUUUGAUCAGUACUACUGAAUGCACUCUUAAGUUACAAUUUCUAUAUGAUUGCUAUUUAAAAAAUAUGUUUGACUUUGCUGUAGUACCUUACAAACAUUAUUUGAAAACGUUCCUAAUUUCUCCCUUGUAAGGAAUAACAAAAAAAUCCUAAGUCUCAUUAAUGUUUCAGAACUUCAUAUUAUCAUCAUAAGAUCUGCAAGAUUUUCGGGAAAAAUACGUUUCAAAGAAGCAUGAUGAAAAAAGGCUACUUUGCAUAAAUAUAUUUAUAUAUUAAUUAAAGUUUUGGUUUCUAAGGAAAUGUAUUAUUUGUUACCAUGUUUUAGUGAUCUCUUACUGAUCUUUAUACCAAAUCUGCUGAUCCAUGAGUGUUGGUGACAAAGAAUCAGUGACUCUUAACCUACCAAACUAUUUCUCUACCUCGUUAUUUGAAAGAAAUGUUUUUCACAACAGAUGUUUUUAAUUAAUUUAUAACAUCACAAUUUGCCUACUUUAUUUUGACUUGCAACAUAUGACUUUUGACUUUAAAUAUUCAUAGUACAUGUAAACAUAAGUAAAGUACACAUUGUUUUAAACAAAUUUUGUUGUUUGUUUGUUUUUUUAGAACAAUGUUCACAGAAAAAAAAUUGGCAUUUUAUGUAGAAAAGUUAACAUUUUUAGAACUAAUGGCAGUUUUACAAUGAAUUUUGUUUGUGUGAUCUUUGGCUUACAUUUUGUAUCAAUUUUACUUUGUGAAAAAAAGAUGUAUUCAAUGUGAUGAUAGCAGAUAUUUGUGGUAAUUAUUUUUUUUUUAAUUUCCAAAAUGAAAUUUAAAAUGAAAAAAAAUAUUUAAUAAGUUUUGAAGUUGUAUGCAAAAUGAAGUUUUUGAUUGUUUAUUUAUUUUUUUAUUAAACCACAGAUGAAAUCAAUUCUAAUUUUUUUUUUUUGGUCAACUAGAAAUUUGCUUUGAUGAUUUAUUUAUAUUAUUCUAGAAGUGAAAAUUAUGUCAUCAAAAGGUUUCUUAAAGUUUGAUGUUCCAUAGAAAUUUAAUGUUCACGUGGCUUCCAUUAUAUGUACGACGGAAUGGUCAUCCUAUGGUUAGUUAAGCAGCUUUUCAUAAUGUAUUUUUUAUAUUUUUCUUAAAGCAGUUUUAGUUUUCAUGGACCAUGAACAAACAGUGUACAUGUAAUGUUAUAUUGAAAUGUUUGAUACUGGAUGGUUUGGAAGUACUGUUAUUGGGUUUUGCUGAUGGCAACUUACUAUUAAUACAAGCACAUUUUAAAAAAAAUGAUGGGGUGCCUACCAUGAUGUAGCUUGCUGAAUAGGAAAGGCAGGGAGCAUACUAAAGUCUAAGUUUUAAAAAUUGUGAUUUAUUGAAAUCAUUCCCUUUUACGUUUUUUUUUUAAAUUGUUACUGAGGCUACUAUUGGUUUGUUGUGAAUUGUGGUUGCUAACCUUAAAAAUUGCACAAUGCAUAACAAUGGUGUCAAAGUUAGGUAACUCUUAUCACUUAAAUAGGAUGUUGCAUAUGGUGUGACAUUUGAGUUUUCAUACCAGUAAAAAAAAAGAUUGUUUAUCUUCACACGCAAUCAUUAUAAAGGCCUCAACACUGUACAAAACCACAAAUGCAAUAAAAUUUAUUUAUACUUAUUGACAACAUUUAAAUGUAAUUUUCAAAGACGUCUUGUCUUUUUAAAUACAUUUUUAAACAUAUCUCCUCUCUAUUCAUUGACAAAGGAUUGGAGGCAUCCUGAGGUCUGAGUGACACUUUUAGUUUAAUUUUUCAUAUUUGGAUUCAUAUAUUUUGCCUUGACAUGAAGUCAAUAAAUGUGUAAUAAUCUCAUCAUUAUUUAAAUUUUUUUUUAGAGACAGUCACAUUCCUUGGAAUGUUUGAUUCGUAAAUGUUUUUCUUUCUACUAUGAAUAAUUUGUUUUGAUUAUAUAUAUUUUUUAUGUUCUAUUUUGUUAUGUUUGCAUUCUUAAUGUACAUUUUAUACUUCUGAUGGAUUCAUUGUGUUAUUUAUGACUGAUUUUUGAAAAAUAAAAAAACAAUGAGUUCAUGUAUAAUAUAAUACAUAAUAAGUUUUAUUUUAUUUUCUUGAUUAGACAUUCAGGAUAUGUUUCUAGAAAUCAAGUGCACAUGCACACAUACUGAUUUAUAACCAAAUCAUUCUCACCAAAUUAAGGAUAUACAGACAAUCUCUCUAUUUAAAUCUUGUCCUAUGUAUAGUUGUUCACAUUGUUCAAGUUAUAGAUGAACCUAGAAGCAUAGGAACUAUAAACAGAGAUAAAUAAAAAUAUGGCAACACACUCUUUCCAUUUUAUGCAUAAUCAUGUAAAAAAAAUAUCACAAAUCUUCUAGUGUGUUAUUGACAACAUUCAAAUAUAGUUUU